GACGUGUCCUGAUGGCGCUAUGACAUGUUUACGUUGCAGCAUGCAUCAGGCGCCCUCCUCCGGCAGCUGGCGCAUCCGAACAGCACCAAAGGGCGCAUGCCCCGCCGGCUCCCCUCGAGGAGGCAUAAGUUGGCCAAGGUGCGCAGAGGAACGGGUAGCAACUUGCGUAAUUACAACAGCCAGGCCGCGGGGGUAGUGCUACUGACGUGCCCCGACGGCGCCGUGAAUCAUGCGCACACAAGGCGAACAAAAACUAUGGCGCCCUCCGCCAGCAGCUGGCAAAUCGAAACGGCACCAAACAUGGCCAGCCGGCUCCACCCGAGAGGGACAACAUUUUUCGGUUGGGAUGCGAGUUUGCUUCCCGUCACCUCACCGCGCGCUGGUCACUAGCAGGCGAAAUGCAGGAGCAGGGAUGCACCCUGGCAGGAGCGCUUG